AUGGCCAAUGUUGUAUAUGAUCGUGAAGCUUUACUCAGAAUAGUGUCUACUUUCCCUUUAAUUGACAAUCACUGUCAUAAUCUUUCAACUUCUAAUGCAUCGUUGACCUGUCCAUUGGAAAUAUGCUUUUCGAAAGCUUGCGUUGAUGCGUUAAAAAAUGCACCUCAAGCUAUUGCUUUGAAACGAUGUAUACGUCAGCUUGCUGAAUUUUAUAAUUGUCCACCAACCUUAGACAAUAUCAAGCAAGUGAGGGAUCUAAUGUCAUAUAUUGAUCUAUGUAAAUCUUGCUUUAAAUCUACUGGCAUACAGUCCUUACUUUUGGAUGAUGGGCUUGACGCUUUAGGUGGCCUUAUGGAUAUGCAAAGUCAUGUAGAAUUGGUUGAUGUAGUGCGAAGAAUCGUGAGAAUCGAAAGUAUUGCAGAAAAGAUAUUGUAUGAUUUAGCAACAUCCGUAGCUUGUACAAACCAAAAAGUAUUAAAAUUUUCAGCAUUCGAAGAAUCAUUGAAAAAGCAAUUUGAAAUCUAUGCAAAAUCUGAAUCGGUGGCGGCCUUCAAAAGUAUUGCUGCUUAUAGGUCAGGAUUGAAUAUCGAUUGUGUUCCAAAUCCCGAAGCCACUGCAGUUGCAUUCGGAAACUUUAUUUCGGAUUUUGAGUCAUUACCUGAUAAGAAAGGAUCUGUUAGACCUUUGAUUGAAAAAUAUCCAAAUGCAAAGUUUGUUCUUUUGCAUGCGGCGUAUCCUUACACCCGCCAGUCGGGAUAUCUUGCUUCAAUAUAUUCCAAUGUGUAUGUUGAUAUAGGUCUUGUUUUUCCUUUAAUUUCCGCAUCUGGCCAGCAAGCCAGUUUACGUGAGCUGUUGGAGACUUGUCCAAGUAAUAAAAUAUUAUUUAGUACAGAUGGUCAUUAUCAUCCAGAAACCUUCUAUGUCGCUGCAAUUCAGGGAAGAGAGGUUUUAUUAGAAUCUGUAGAAAAUGGCGAAUUUUCAUAUGAAGAAACAAUAAAAAUCGCCAAAGAGAUUAUGUUCGAGAAUUCCAAUAAACUAUAUAAACUCAAAUUAAUACCAAAACAGAUCGAUAGUGAAGAAUAUAAAGAUGUUUCAGGAGAACGAAGAAUUGUCAAAUUAAAAAAAAUGGGUGUGAAAUUUGUUCGUAUCGGCUUUAUGGAAUGUGCUAAUCAAUAUAGAUUUCAUAUAGUUCCUAUUGAUCGUUUCCAAAACUAUAUUAUUAACAGUGGGCUGACAAAUAUGCGGGCAAACACAGCUUUCCCUUAUUAUGGAGAUGUACUUCCAGAAAAUGUUGGUGUCAACGAAGUUGGAGAAUUAUUGUUGAAGCCUGACCUUAGUACACUCAUACAUUUACCUUAUAAUCCUAAACACGCAAAUGUCCAGGUUUUCUUUGAAAAUAAAUUGACACCGGCAGACCCUCAAUUUGGAAAGAUUGAUAAUUCACCUGAUUCUUUGGCUUUCCCACUUUGCCCUAGAACUUGUCUUAAAAAUAUUAUUGAAUCUGCCCGUAAGGAUCUUGGUAUCACUUUUUUGAUUGGAACCGAAUUUGAGUUCGUCUUACUUAAAGAUACCAUACUUCCGGUGCCCGUUGAUGAUACAGUUUAUGCGGUGGCUAGUUCUUUUCAUAUCUCUAAUUCAUCUGAAAUCCUGGAUAGAAUGGUUGAAUCUUUGCAAGAACAAGGUAUCGAAGUCGAACAAUUUCGUUCUGAUGGACUAGGCAAAUUUGAAAUCGUCACCGCACCAGAAAGUCCAUUGAUUGCAGCAGACAAAGUUGUUGUAACACGUCAAACAAUAUAUGAAGUUGCUGCUCAAGCUGGUGUAAAAGCAACGUUUGUACCUAAACUCUUUAAGGAACAAGUGGGAACUAGUGCACACGUGCAUUUAUCUUUCAAAGAAAUCGGCAAGUCCCAGAAAAUUGCUGACGAUCACCCUUCAGGACUGUCUCCCUAUGAGAGGUCAUUUAUUGCUGGUAUGCUGCAUCACAUAAGGGCAAUUUGUGCUUUUGCUUUGCCGACAGACCUCUCUUAUGCGCGCAUUGUUGAUAACUGCUGGGCUGGAACUUGGAUCUGUUGGAGUAUUGAGAAUCGUGAAACGCCAAUCAGAGUAUGUUAUAGACCAAAGACUGGUCCUAAUGGAAAGUAUCUUGAUGUUCAUUUUGAAUACAAAUUUGUAGACGGUACUUCCAACCCGUACUUGGCCUUUUCUGCCCUUAUUGCUUCAGGAGUCGAUGGAAUCAAGAAAGGAAUGCAGCUUACUACUAAUCCCAUAUUCGACAAUCCUGCUUCUCUAAGCAAUGAAGAACGUAUAGAAAAAGGUGUUACUGAGAGAAUGCCUGCAAGUCUAUUGGAUACAUUGAAGGCAUUAAAGGAAGAUAAAACACUAAUCGACGCUUUAGAAAAAUCAUUAGAUGCUAUUUGUUCUGUUUAUCUGACGAUUGUUGAUAAUACUUUGGAUGAAUAUAAUUAUGUUAGAAACUUAGCAGAGCGUGCGGCAAAAAGCAUUAAAAUAAAUAAAUGA